AUGGUAAAAGCAACAGAAGGGUAUGGUGUUGUGACAGGAGCGAAUAAGGGUAUUGGAUUUGCAAUAUGCAAGCAAUUGGCUUCUAAUGGGAUCAAUGUGGUGCUAACAGCCAGAGAUGAGAAGAGGGGUGUUGAAGCUGUGGACAAACUGAAAGAGCUUUCUCUGCCUGGCCAUGUUGUUUUUCAUCAACUUGAUGUUACAGAUCCUGCAAGUAUAGCAUCACUUGCUGAUUUCAUCAGGAACCAAUACGGAAAACUUGAUAUCUUGGUAAACAAUGCUGGAAUUCCUGGAGCACAUGUGGACGGUGAGGCCUUAGCUGCUGCAGGUGAAAAUGCUGGACGUGUUGAUUGGAGUAAAAUAGUAACUGAAAACUAUGAAUUAACUGAAGCAUGUCUUAAAACAAACUACUAUGGAGCCAAGGAAUUGACCAAAACACUUAUUCCCCUUCUCCAGUUUUCAGCCUCACCAAAAGUUGUCAAUGUUUCAGCAUCCAUGGGAAGGCUAGAGAAUAUACCAAAUGGAUGGCCUAAAGAAGUACUGAGUGAUGUUGAGAACCUUACAGAAGAAAAGAUUGAUGACAUUUUGAAUGAAUUUCUCAAAGAUUUUAAAGAGGGUUCACUAGAAACCAAAGGCUGGCCUCUUUCUAUGUCUGCAUAUAGUGUCUCAAAAGCUGCUUUGAAUGCCUACACAAGGGUUCUGGCCAAGAACUACCCUUCAUUCUGCAUCAAUGCUGUUUGUCCUGGCUAUGUGAAAACAGACAUAAACCACAACACUGGUAUUCUAACACCUGAUGAAGGUGCUGAAUUUGCAGUGAGGUUGGCACUGCUACCACGUGGUAGUCCUUCUGGCCUCUAUUUCCUGCUGAGUGAAGAGAAACCAUUUUGA